AUGCCACCACCUGCAAUCCGUUUGCCAUGUUACCACACACCACCUAUCUUUGCAAAGGUCGAGAACGAGAACGAGACGUGGGCGGACAUCGUGCAAGUCGCGUCGCAGAACGUCGACAAGUCGUCGCUGACCCUGUGGCCGUCCUGCAAAGUCCCCGAGCUGAGUUCCUGGUCGGGCAGCUCCGGGAGAGUCGUCGUGAUCGGCAGCGCGACAGACGCCAUGGCCCCGACUGGCGGACAGGGAGGAGCGAUGGCGUUCGAGGACGCCUUGACCUCGGCCGACACUCUAGCCCUGAUCGACAAUAAGAAAGAGGAAGAACCCUCCGUCAACAAUCCACCUCGAGAAGAGACGCUGCUGCAAGUUCAACAGUGGCAGAGCGACAGAUAUACGUGUCGAAGAUGGAAAAGUCAUCAGCUUCGUCUCUUCGCUCCUCCAACUCCGUUCGAUCAGACCGCACCGCCACGACAUCGGCCGGGUCACAAACGUCGGUGUCGACCGGGAUGCAAUCAAAGCUCAGCAUGCAAGUGCCUCGUUUCGUGGACGACCAUUAUCCGGUGA